AUGAUGACAAGAAACCACAGUAGUGUUUCUGAAUUUCUCCUCCUGGGCCUCUUGGAGCAUCAGGAACAGCAACCUUUCCUCUUUGGCAUCUUCUUGGUUAUAUACCUGGUCACUUUGGUGGGAAAUAUGCUAAUUAUCCUGGCAAUUGUCUCUGAUCCACACCUCCACAGUCCUAUGUAUUUCUUCCUAGCCAACCUCUCUCUCACUGACCUGUGUCUAUCAUCUACCACAGUUCCCAGGAUGCUGGUAAACAUCCAAACUCAGAGGCAUAGCAUCCCUUAUGCCGGAUGUCUGUCUCAAAUCUAUUUCUUCCUGUGGUUCAUUGGACUAGAUGUUUUCCUCCUGGCAGUGAUGGCUUAUGACAGACUUGUGGCCAUAUGCUAUCCCCUUCACUACACCUUGGUCAUGAGUCCCAGAUGCUGCAUCCUGCUGGUGACUACAUCUGUAUUCCUUGCCCAUUCAUAUGCUCUAACCCACAUCAUUCUCUUGUCUCAGUUAUCCUUCUGCAUGGACAACAUCAUUCCCCAUUUCUUUUGUGAACUGCUUCCCAUGUUAAAGCUCUCUUGUUCUAACACUUAUGCCAACCAGUCUGUGCUGCUCUACUGGGGAGGAGCAUUAACUGUCUUGAUCCCUUUGUUAAUCAUUGCUUCAUAUGUUCGCAUUGUGGCCACCAUUGUGAGAGUCCCAUCAGCAAGUGGAAAGUGGAAGACCUUCUCCACCUGUGGGUCCCAUCUCUCAGCAGUCUGCUUGUUCUAUGUGUCUGCUAUUGGGGUGUAUUUCAUUCCAUCUGCUGCUGAUUCAGCUAGCAAAGAUAGGAUUGCAGCAGUGAUGUAUGCUGUGGUGACCCCCAUGCUGAACCCAUUCAUCUAUAGCCUGAGAAACAAAGAUAUGACAAGUGCCUUGAGAAGAUUCCUGAACAGAAUUUUGCUGCAAUCUCCACAAAGCUGA